AUGGAGCUCAAGCAGAACACGACAAUCGUCGUGCUCGGUGCUUCUGGUGAUCUGGCGAAAAAGAAGACGUACCCUGCGCUCUUCGGUCUUUACCGAAAUCAGUUCCUCCCCAAGGAUGUCAAGAUUGUUGGAUAUGCCCGUACCAAGAUGGACCACGAUGAAUACAUUCGACGCAUCAAGUCCUACAUAAAGACUCCCACCAAAGAAACUGAGCAGCAGCUCGAAGAGUUCACACAGCUCUGCACCUACGUCUCGGGUCAAUAUGACAAGGAUGAGUCCUUCCAGGGCUUGGAGAAGCACCUCCAAGAGGUUGAGGCGGACCGCCCUGAGAACCACCGUCUGUUCUACAUGGCGCUCCCUCCUAGUGUCUUCACCAUUGUUUCUCAGCACCUCAAGAAGAUCUGCUACCCCAAGAAUGGUGUUGCACGUGUCAUCGUCGAGAAGCCCUUCGGUAAGGAUCUCGCCAGCUCCCGUGAGCUUCAAAAGUCGCUCGAGCCCGACUGGAACGAGCAAGAGCUGUUCCGAAUUGACCACUACCUUGGAAAGGAGAUGGUCAAGAACAUUUUGAUCCUCAGAUUCGGUAACUCCUUCCUCGGCGCCACAUGGAACCGACAGCACAUCGACAACGUCCAAAUCACAUUCAAGGAGCCCUUCGGCACUGAAGGACGUGGAGGUUACUUCGACGAGUUUGGUAUCGUUCGUGAUGUUAUGCAGAACCAUCUCCUCCAGGUUCUCACUCUCCUGGCUAUGGAGCGACCCAUCUCUUUCAAUGCCGAGGACAUCCGCGACGAAAAGGUUCGCGUCCUCCGCGCCAUUCCCGCCAUUGAGCCCAAGAAUGUCAUCAUUGGCCAGUACGGAAAGUCUCUUGACGGCAGCAAGCCUGCUUACCGCGAGGACGACACCGUUCCCCAGGAUUCUCGAUGCCCUACUUUCUGCGCCUUGGUCGCUUACAUCAAGAACGAGCGAUGGGACGGCGUACCUUUCAUCAUGAAGGCUGGAAAGGCCCUUAACGAGCAAAAGACCGAGAUUCGAAUCCAGUUCAAGGAUGUUACAUCAGGCAUCUUCAAGGACAUCCCCCGAAACGAGCUUGUUAUGCGCAUCCAGCCCAACGAGAGUGUCUACAUCAAGAUGAACUCCAAGCUGCCUGGUCUCAGCAUGCAGACUGUCGUCACCGAGCUCGACCUUACCUACCGACGACGAUUCUCCGACCUCAAGAUCCCCGAGGCUUACGAGUCGCUUGUGCUUGACUGCUUGAAGGGUGACCAGUCCAACUUUGUCCGUGAUGAUGAGCUUGAUGCUAGUUGGCGCAUCUUCACUCCUCUUCUUCACUACCUUGAUGACAACAAGGAGAUUAUCCCCAUGGAGUACCCUUACGGCUCUCGUGGACCCGCCGUCUUGGAUGACUUUACGUCCUCUUACGGCUAUAAGUUCAGCGAUGCUGCUGGCUACCAGUGGCCAACAACCAACGCCGCUGCUCCCCCUCAAAACAAGUUGUAA